CUUAAUGAGGUGGCUGUUAUGCUUUAACCCCCCGCGUGUUACUCUGCGUGGACCGUUCCAUUGGCGGGGGGGUUGAGAGGAGCGUUUGAGGAAGCAGCUGAUCAGAGGAGGAGGAGGGAGACAGAGGAGAACUAUCUGGACCUCCGCGCGUUCUCCUCCUGUGAGGAGCGAUGUGAGAUCUGGAAGAAAGGAGGAGGAAGAAAAAAGGAGCGAGCCUGUCUGUGGAAGGAGCAGAGAUGUCCUCCUGGCUGUCACCCGUGUCAUGGGCCAAGUGGACGUGGACGGCAGUGCGGGGAGGAGAGGGAGAAGAGGAGGAGGAGGAAGGGGAGCAACUUGGAAAGAGAAAUGAGGAAGAAGAGGAGGAGGAGGACAGAUCUCAGGAGUUCAGCUCUGACUCCGAGGGUCACUUCGACACCCCGCAAGCGGCCACUCCCGUCCACACACCUCUGACCGCACCGGGAGAGCUGGAGAAGGACGGCGUGGACGCAGGCGGAGCAGAUGUGGAGCAGGAGCAGAACCUGAUAGUGACUGCUCCCCUCCGGGAUCAGGACCUCCUGAGCGGCUGUACCAUGGGUCAGGAGGAGCCCACGGCCCCCGCUGGAGACCCACUUCAGAUUAGACUCCAGAACCUUGAGGAAGCAAAGGAACAUCACCGCCCAGAAGGCUCGGACUCUCUGCCAAACGUGUCUGCUCUGAACAAAGUCGCAUCCCAAGACCCAAACUUCAGCCACAUUGCAGAUCCAGCCCUAAAUUCAAGUCCUGCUCCCCUCCCAAACCAACUCUCAGCACAAAGCAGUGAACACCCAGACCCAACUCCUUCAGAAUCCACAUCAGAACCAGAACUGAAGCCCAAUGGCCUCUCCAAGCCUGCUCCAAAGACUAAAGUAAACAAAUCCAAACCUCCAUCUCUGCAGACCUGCUUCACAGACGAGGAACAAGAACUUCCUCUUCCCCAGGCCACAUACAACUUUGACCCGAGCCAGCUGGACGAUAGCUUCAACCCCUUCAUCAGUGGCGGGUCCAAAAUCCAGAACUCGCCCCCCCCAUGUGGCCCAGGCUCUGCCCCCAGGCUGGAGCCUCUCGGCAGCUCCCUGUCCGCCUGUGAGGACGUGUCAGCGGCGCCGGCAGAACCAGAAGUGAUGGAUCCGUCCUCAGCGGGGAAACCUGUGCUGCUGGAGUUUGGACUGGAUGAGGGGACGGCCAGCAAGCCCCCCCCAAGGAAGUUAGGAGGGAGGAAGACCAUCAGCAAACUCGCAACAAGGAAGCAGAGACCUAAAGGGUCAGAACCUUCAGAGACCCCUUCUCAACCAGCAUCAGAAACGGAACCAGCACCAGUAGACUCUUCUGGACCUCUAAACUUGGAUGAUGUUCCCAUCCCUAAAUCUGGGACUUACAACUUUGACCCCAGCCAGUGGGAAGACCCCAACUUUAACCCGUUUGGCAGCAACAGCAAGACCAACAGUUCUCCUCUGCCCUCCAAAGGUUCCUACAGUUUUGACCCGGACAGUUUCGAUGACUCCGUGGACCCGUUUACACCUUCCAGGUCCCUGAACUCUGAGGAUACAUCCUGUGGUGGCUCGGACGGAGGCAAACCGAAAGCCAGGCAGAACUCUGGGGACAAGAAAGGGAGACAGAUUCCCAAGAAGAACAAAGACAGGACAAUCACGACAUCCCAACAAGCCAAGUUUCUCUGUUUUCUGUUGAACUCCUGUAAAGUGCAGAAGUAUGAAGACACCCCCUCCCUGGUGCUGGACGUGUGCAGUCAGGAGGACCAGCAAGUGGCGGUUCAGACUCCAGAGAUCACGCAGCGCGUUCAUCACGCCACCGAUGAGGAAAAGCUGGCGUCCACUUGCAUGAUGGGACAGCCAGCAGAGAGCCAGGAGGAGAGGGAGGAGCCCAAAGUGAACCAUGCACCGAUGGAAAAACAAGCGUCCAAUGACACGCCUGCUCUGGACGGUUUGGAACUGAAGGUGAAAGAUCUCCUGGAAGAGAAGCACAGCUUCAGCUUUAAAGAGGAUACGAGUGAGACGUCCAUGAACCAGAAAAAACACGGCGUGGAGUUCCCCGACGCGGCGUCACGGCCACAGGAGGAGGUCCAGCUGAGCGAGAUGGACAAGGCGGCAGUGCUCACUUUGAUCAGAGAGGAGAUCAUCACAAAGGAGAUCGAGGUCAAUGAGUGGAAGAAAAAGUAUGAGGAGAGCAGAGCGGAGGUGAUGGAAAUGAGGAAAAUAGUUGCAGCUUAUGAGAAGACGGUUGCUCAGAUGAUCGAGGACGAGCAGCAGCAGAAGAGCCUCUCCUGCACUAAGUCGGUCCGGCAGCUGACGAUGGAGCGGGACCAGGCGGUGGCCGACCUCAGCUCGGUGGAGCGCUCCUUCGCCGAUCUCUUCCGGAGGUACGAGAACAUGAAAGAAGUCUUGGAAGGUUAUAAAAAGAAUGAGGAGGUGCUGAAAAAGUGUGCACAGGACUACCUGAUGCGAGUCAGGCAGGAGGAGCAGCGAUACCAAACCCUUAAAGUCCACGCCGAGGAGAAGUUUGAUAAAGCUAUUGAGGAGAUAGGUCAGAUCCGUGCCAAGGCCAAUGCUGAGAGUAUCGCAUUGAAUGCAAGUCUAAGGAAGGAGCAGAUGAAGGUGGAGUCACUUGAGAAGGCUGUCCUUCAGAAGAAUCAAGAGAUCGAGGAGCUCACUAAAAUCUGCGACGAACUCAUCGCCAAGUUGGGAACAAAUUAAGAAGUCUUCAAUCAAAGCUCUGAUCAAUAAUCAAGAAAGGAGUUUCAUCAAAGCACAGCAGCAGCAUCAAGAGAAUCUCAUCUGAUAGAGAACUGUGUGGUGGUUUGAUGUUCAGGUUCAUCUUCAGUUUGGAACUCAUUUGGGUUUUUAAAAUGGAGUUUUUGUUUGACCUUAAGAUCCCACGUCUGUAGUAACUACAGAAGCAGGAGCCGACUGCAUCAGUAAAUAAAGAUAAAUAUUUAUAGAGUGCCUAAAUGAAGAAGAAUUCGCCUUUUGGUUCCUAUAUAAUGUCUGUUGUCAUUUUAUUUUUUAAUUUAUCCAGCCCAUUUUACAGGAGAAGCGGUAAAAAUGUGUUCAGGUAUGCAGGAAAAAACUGCAGAAUCUGAACAUCGUCCCCGUUAAGUCAUGAUCACGAUCUAAACAAACGUUUACGAUGAUUCAUGUCAAGAUAUUUGGGAAAUAUGAAGCAGUAAAGUCGUUUUUAUGAUGCAGUGCCAAUAUUUGUUUUUCAAUGAACCUGAUACAGAAGUUACAUAUUGUAAUGUAAAUAUCAGUGGAUUUUAUUGAGUUUUACUUUAUUUCGAAGCCAGAACUUUCUUAUUUCAGAGUUUUUUGUGUUGCUGGAGUGCUUCACAUAAGAGUCGGUGGAUUUUUGCUCUGCAGGUCGACUGCUUUACCUGGUAUUUCUGAAGCCUUAUGGUGAUUUCCUUUGGCGAUGUCAAUGUUUUCUGGUCUGAACUUGAAGGAGCACAUAUUUGUACCAGCGAUCAAUCGUGUUUAUAGAACAGAUUUUUGUAUGAAAAUCCUGUUUCAGCACAAUCAGAUGCCAAAUGUCAGAAAUGCUUUUAUUGUGACAUCUCGUCCUGUUGGUGUGACGCUAGCUUCUCUAAAACAGAUAUUUGUUGUUUUGCAGUACAGUAUAUUUUAUAUUCUAUGAGACGUACAUUGGGAGGUGCCAUGCAAAUAUUUUCAAAACUGAGAAGUAAACUCAGAUUGUAUGUUAUUUUGUCUAUGUCUAAAUAAAUGGUUAUGAUUGGA